UAUGUUGAUAUAAAUUUCGUAGCCAGGGGAUCGUUUAUUCGCAUCGGCGUAUAUUAUGGGUUCAUUUUCGUCUAAACCAGUUCUUACAGGAAAAGAAGAAAGACUUUUAAACGAAGCCAGACGAUAUGUUGAGAAGAAUGGCCUUAAUGGCAUUAAUGAUUUCUACGAUAAACAAGUUGCUAAAUGGGAGAAGUUUGAGCUAGUUUUUGCCAUAAUUGGACCCACAGAUUUAGGAAAAUCAUCGUUCAUAAACGCCAUAAAAGGAUCUGAAACUUACGAAAACGAGGCAGCACCAAAUGACGCAUCAACUUGGAAAACAACGUAUUCUCAUUUUAAAUACAAAAAUAUCAAGCUUUGUGAUCUACCCGUCAUUGGAACACCUGAAAAUCCAAAUCUUGAAACCUACUGCAAAAACAAUGGUGGUCUAGAGAAGUACGACGCAUUUCUGAUUUUCAGCAGAUCAAACUUCACAGACCAUGAGAAGAACAUGGUUAAGAAAGUUUCAAAAGAGCUUCAGAGACCUUUUGUUUGUGUUUAUACGCAUGCAGUUGUUAACGUUAGGAAUGCCAAUAAAGAAUCAGAAAAAAACGAGGAAAUUGCAUUUGAUGAAAUAAGAAAACUUUGCAUUGACAAUCUGAGAGGUUUGGUAAAGGAUUCAGCAGAUAUCUACAUAAUUGACAAUAAAGAUACGGAAAAAUAUGACUUUCAUCGUCUGCGUAACGAAGUCAUUUUAAAGUUGCUUAAACGUCAACAAGAAUGCUUUUUACAUUCUUUAAACCUUGUUAUUUACGGAAACAAAGAAUUAACCGAACAAGAUAGACGUUUAGAAGAAGCCAAGUUCCGCAUAAAUAAAAAUGGCUUAGUUAAUGUUGAUCAAUUUAUUCGAGAAGAAGUUGAUUUAUGGAAGAACAUGGAAAUACGUCUCGCCUUAACUGGGAGAAUUGGAGCAGGAAAAUCAUCUUUCAUAAAUGCCGUAAGAGGACUCAAAGCUUAUGAAAAGGGUGCAGCACCAGUUGAUGUUACCGAAAUUCAAACAGAACCCACUGAGUAUAUUCAUCCUGAAAAUGAAAACAUCAAGCUCUGGGAUCUUCCUGGUAUUGGAUCAACUAAAUAUCCAAAUCUUCAAAAAUACUUCGAAAAAAUAGACUUGAAAAGUUAUGACGCAUUUCUUAUUUUUUCAAAAACACGGUUCACUAACGAUGACAAACGACUUGCUGAAAAAUUUUCAAAAGAGCUCAACAAACCUUUCUUUUUCAUUCGCACUAACAUUGAUCUAGAUCUCAAGAACGCCGAAGACGAUAAAGGACCACAGUUUAAUGAAGUUUUUGUCUUGGAAAACAUAAGAAAAGAUAGUUUGAAAAACUUGGGAGAUUAUAUCCACGACGAAAAAGAUGUCUUUUUAAUUGAUAACAAGUUUCCAGAGAAAUACGAUUUCGAUCGUUUGUGCGAGGAUGUCGUUUCAAAGUUGCUAGAACGUCGAAGUCAAGGUUUUCUAAGGUCUUUAACCUAUGUAAUUUACAAAAAUAACUCAAUAACAGAAGAUGAAAAGAGCUUUGCUGAAGUUAAAGAUCGCUUUGAUCGCCAAGGCAUUUGUGGAAUUCGUGAUUUUUACCAUCGUCAAAUUAAUUCGUUCAAGGAAGUUAAGAUAAAUCUUGCCAUAACGGGAGAUUCUGGAACCGGAAAAUCAUCUUUCAUCAACACCGUAAGAGGACUUAAAGGUCACGAAAAGGAAGCUGCACCAGUUGGUGCUACAGAAACAACCACAAUGCCCACUAAAUACGCUCAUCCAAAUAAUGAAAAUAUUAUUUUCUGGGAUCUACCAGGCAUAGGAACACCUACAUUUCCCAAUCUUAAAGAGUACUGCAAAAAAGUUGGUGGUCUAGAGAAGUACGACGCUUUUCUUAUUUUUUGCAAAACACGAUUCACUCAAUAUAACAAAGAGUUGGCUGAGAAAAUUUCGAAAGAGCUGAACAAACCUUUCUUUUUUGUUCGCACUCACGUUCAUAUCGAUCUCAAUAACGCCAAAGACGACAAAGGAUCAAAGUUUGAUGAAGCAUCUGUCUUGAAAGGAAUGGCGAAAGACUGUUUGAAAAACUUGGAAGAAUUCAUUAAAGAUGAAAAAGAUAUCUUCUUGAUUGACAACAAGGUCACAGAGAAAUAUGAUUUUGAUCGUUUGGUUGAAGAAAUUUCUUUGGUGUUACCUGAACGUAAAAGAGAAUGUUUCGUUCUUUCUUUGACCAAUUUGACACGUGGCUGCAUAAAAAGAAAGGCCAAGCUAUUGAAAGCUCGUGCAGGUGCAGUGGCUGUUGCCGCAGCUGGUGUAAAUGCUGUUCCUGUUCCUGGAGUUGGAUCAGCUUUCAACUUAGUUGUGAUUUUAGAAGAAGUUCAUAGUUACCGUCGCCAGUUUGGCCUUCCUGAUAAAGAAUCUGAAAUAUUGAAAGGGUUGAGAGCAGAAUUAAUUUCUAGCAUAUUGAAAUAUAGUUUUAAAACCGUCUACGAUUUACUGCCUCUAUUUGCAGAUAGUGCUGUGGAUAUUGGUAUUGAAGAGUUCACAAAAUUCAUUCCAUUUGCUGGGCAGUUUUUGUCUCCUGCAUCAUCGCUUGUUUUCGUUUUUAAGUUUCUUUAUCGGUGCAUCAGCGAUAUGGAAAAAGUUGCUCUUGAUAUUUGGGAUGAAACAGUUAAGGGCAAAGCUAAUUGAAUUGCACGCAGUAGGCGUUUUCUCAAUACAACAACAACUUGUAAUAAUUAUAUCUUAUGAUAUUUAUAAUACUUAUUAUACAAUUUUGCAUGUUCAUUCCCGAAAAUUUUUACAGAUUUAACGAUCAACUGUUUUAUCUAUCAUGAGUAUGAUAUAGAUGUACUCUCCUAUCCUUUCUUCCUCUUAGUAGUAUGACGAGAAUUGUAAGUAGCUAUACAUAACACGACAUUUUAAUUUGCUUUCUUAGUUCUGCUUUUCCAAAGUAUACGUCACCAAAUCUUUUAACAGAUACUAUCUUUUAGUAUCUUGAGUCAUAACUGUGUUAAAUGUAUGCAUAAAUGAAAGGCAAGACUUGUGUUACAAGGAUUAAAGUUUGCUUCAGAAAAGAAGCUUAUGACUUUCUUUCAA